AUGAACUCCAGUACGAAUCUUAGCAGUGGCAUCCAGGACCUCCUUGUGGAUACAGCGGGGACGGUCAUUGAAGUUGCAAAAGUAGCUUACCUCAACGCGGCCAACCAAGAGGUCAAAGCCUUCUAUUGUCACCUUGGCUACAAUUGCUUCAGAUUACAAGUGAGCUUGACUCGCGCGCGCCAAGAGUCUAUUGAAAUAGACAAACACUGCGUUGAUCAGGCUAUUUCAAGUCUCAAUCUCCUAAUACCAGAAACUUGCCUGCAGGAACUCCCGGCUAAUCUUGUUAUGCACGAUUUUCGACUGGAGUCAAUCAAUCGUUUGUGGAAGAAUAUUCGAACAGGAUCAGAGAGCUUAAAGGCUGAAUUCGUGCAGCGAUGGCUGAGCCAAGACCUCACAGAAGAGCAAAGAAAUGAAAUUGACAAGACGCUUGAGAGAAGUGCCGACGUGUUUGAGACGAGCCAACCCGAGCAGCCUCUCCGAAAGUCCGCCACAACGCUCGAAGCACUCAAGACUAUAGAGCCCCAACUCGCGAUUGGAACAGCAGCAAAUUCCGUCUUUAAUUCUCUGAUAGCCUGCAAAGACUGUUCCUGCCAUCCUCAGCAUGAUUUUAAAGCUAAACUCGAGUUGGGCACAUAUCGAACACCUGAGAAGAAAGCAGCUUAUCAGAAGCCCGUACGGAGAAACCAUACGGAUGAAGACCUUGAUGCCAUAGAGAUGGGAAUGUUCCUGUCUAUGGAACGUGGCUGGCAUGAGUUUCGCGUACAGGCAGUUAAACAAAGGGUUGUGCGCUUCAAUGACGCAGCAGAGACUAUGCCCCAUAAAAGGAAGAAAGCACGAAUGGCAAAGAUUGAAACGUUAUGCAGGCCUAUCGCUAAGACACGAGAACGACCUCUACAGCGCCUACUUCUACGACUGGAGAGUGGUAAAUUGUUUGAGGUUCAGCAUGAAAAGAGUACCUUCCAGAUCGAUAGCAGCACCAAACCUGUAUCCCUCUUAAGAUGCUUAGAAGAUAAGAGGGACCUUUUCACGGAGAAGACAAAACGAAUAUUAUCCCUAAUACUCGGCUAUACUGCUCUUCACCUAUGCAGCACGUCUUGGCUACAGUCGAAUUGGGGAUCAUCAAAUAUUAAGUUCUUUCAGACAAUGGCUUGCAAGACACCAUUAAGACCAUUUAUCGAAGUUCACCUUCAAAAGGAAGACACUUGUGAAAGGUCAGAUAAUGAUGCCGAGUUAAUUGAUGAUCUGAAUUCUGGACAUUGCUGUCCUGAAUUGAUCGCUCUGGCUAUUGUGCUCAUGGAGAUUUAUUUCGUCAGGCCAUUUAGACAACUGGCAUCAAUGCACAACAUCUCGCUUAUACCAACGGAAAGCGGUUGCAUAACGCUUGUAGAUGUUGACCAAGUUUUUGGGAGAGUUGGAGACGGUGAGGAAGGCUGGAGAGCUCAAAUCCCAGAAGAUUCACCCCUACUCGAGAUCAUCGACAACUGCCUUGACGUAAAGCUUUGGGGAAAUAUAGAGGGUGAACCACUCAGUGCUGAAGAACUGAGAUCUCGAAUAUAUAAGACUGUCGUCUGGCCCCUUGAGCUUUACUUGACUCAGGGCUUCAGCCAGAUCCACAUCGACACCGUGGAUCAAUAUGCUAAGAAUCUUGACUUUGGACAAUGGGGUCAAGAGAUCACAGGAUCAGAAGCAAACAAUCAGUCAAGUUUACUAUCCUCUGCUCAUACCAGAAAAGGAAGCAUACCUCCAUCCAUACCAUUGGUUCAAACACUUCCUAUCAGCACAGAAUUUCAAAACUCGAGACAACCGUUAUCACAGUUGCCUCCUGUUAUAUCAUACAAGCCAUCCGCCGCUAGCCUUAAGCCGGCUUCUGAUGCCUUUUAUGGAUCCCCUCAGUUCUCCGACAACCAGUCGGAGGCUUCUGUGACAGGAGUAAAGCAGUACAGAGCCUGGAGAGCCGAAUACAGAGAUGUACAUAAAAGAUUUCUUGGUGACAUUUUAGAAGGUCUUCCUUCAGAGCCUGUCCGGGUUGCUAUACUUGAUACAGGAAUCGACAGAGAUCAUCCUAUGCUGGAGGCAUGUGAAGAUAGGCUUGAUGACCAGAAGAACUUCUAUGAUAACACCCAGAGGAUUGUGUCAGAUACCCACGGACAUGGGACUUUCGCCGCAAGUCUCCUAUUGGACUAUGCACCAGAUGCAUCUCUAUACAUCGCUAAGAUUGCUGAUAAGAAAAAUAUGACACCCAAUGUGGAACAUGUGGUGGAUGCAAUCUACCACGCUGUUAACAUAUGGAGGGUCGAUAUUAUCUCCUUGUCUUUUGGGUGGCCUUCCUCUGAUAUCCCAGGGUAUAGUGCAAUAGAAGACGCCAUAUAUCAUGCGUACUCUAAGAAGGUUCUAAUGUUCGCUGCUGCUUCUAAUAGUGGCGCCAGAUUAGGGAGAGCAUACCCAGCAAGCAAUUCUCAGGUUAUAUGUGUCCAUUCAACAAACGCCAACGGUCAAGCUUCCGAUUUCAGCCCAACAGCAGAACCAAAUGCCCUUAACCUUGCAACUAUUGGUGAAUCUAUUGAAUCAGCAUGGCCAGUACUUCUAGGCAAUGAUUCAAAUUCAGACUGCCUCAAAACUCGAUCUGGAACAUCCUAUUCAACGCCGAUAAUGGCAGGCAUUGCAGCCUUCCUCUUGCAAUACGCGCGAACCCAUCUUCCAGCAAAUGUGGCACUAAUGCUAAAGAGAAAGGACAAGAUGGAGGUACUUCUGAAGAGAUGCGCAAUUAGGGGUCCAAAUUACAAGCCCCGCGAUGGUUACUUCUAUGUGCAUCUAAGUCUGCACAACCAUAACCUAUUUGGAGGAGACCAAGAGUGUAUAAAUGCUGAGAUUGUAAGGGCAUUAAAGCUUUAA